UACAUAUUCUAACCUUAGCAACUUUGAGCCCUUUCACUUUGAUUCUUCCUGUCUACCUAGGUUAAAAUACUACUACUCCCUUCAUGAUCAAAUGCACCAAGACCUCAUCAUGUAAAUAUCAAUACCAAUACAUUACAUUAUAAUAUGUAGACACUAGCUAGACACCUCCAAGCCGUGUAAAGGUCUACUUUGGAGGCUAUAAAUGCCCAGCCAUGACAUAUGCAUGGCUCUCUACACAACAUACCACCAUCAUUGCCUCUGCUCUUCUCUCCCCUCCGCUCUUCUCUCCACUGCCCAACUUUUCCCAUAGACAACAACCUCUAGCUAGCUUUCCUCUAGAGCAGCAAUGGCCAUGCACCCACUCUCCCAAGGGCACCCACAGGCCUGGCCAUGGGGGGUAGCCAUGUACACGAACCUACACUACCACCAACAGUACGAGAGGGAGCACCUGUUCGAGAAACCAUUGACGCCCAGUGAUGUGGGCAAGCUCAACAGGUUGGUGAUCCCCAAGCAGCAUGCGGAGAGGUACUUCCCCCUGAACGGUGGAGACUCCCCCGGUGAGAAGGACCUGCUCCUGUCCUUCGAGGAUGAGGCCGGCAAGCCAUGGCGGUUCCGGUACUCAUACUGGACGAGCAGCCAGAGCUACGUGCUCACCAAGGGCUGGAGCCGGUACGUCAAGGAGAAGCACCUAGACGCUGGAGACGUCGUGCACUUCGAUAGGGUGCGUGGCCUUGGCACAGGCGACAGGCUCUUCAUCGGCUGCAGGCGCCGUGGCGAGACUGCCCCAGCAGCGGUGGCAACACCGCCUCCUGUGCGUGUUCUGCCGCCUGCGCUGAACGCCGGGGAGCAGAAGCCUUGGAGCCCGAUGUGCUACAGCACGUCAGGGUCGUACCCUACCAGCCCUGCCAAUUCCUACGCCUAUCGCCACUCCGUGGAGCAGGAUCACAGCGACAUGCUGCACGCAGGCGAGUCGCAGAGAGACGCAGACGCCAAGAGCAGCAGCACAGCAUCAGCACCACCAUCUAGGCGUCUCAGGCUCUUCGGCGUGAACCUCGACUGUGGCCCGGAGCCGGAGGCAGAGGCGCCAACGACGCCAAUGUACGGCUACACUAACCACAGCCCCUACGCUGCAGUGGCCACAGUGCCAAAUUACUGGGGCAGUUCAUAAGAUGAUGAGAUCUGAGGCCAUGCUUGGAGGAUCCUAACAACCAGCAGCCAAACUAGUUACUACCAGCCUACAAGGCUGCUACUACAACUCUGGACUAAGUGACAGGCUUGAAUUGACCUGUGGAAGGAAAACGAAGGAAGUGGGGAGAUCCCUUGUUUCCCGGGCAAUCUUCCUUCCAUCCCCAGAGUGCCCUUUUUUUUUCUAUAUUUUCUUUCUUCUUGUCUUCCAGAAGACCUACUCGAUCACAGUGCAGGGGCCCUUAGCAGGUGGCAGGUUUCAGGAAGCAUCAGGUUGAAAAGGAGAGAAGAGUGAGAGAGAUGGAAGGAUGGUGACACACAUGAAAAACAAAAGGACAUGCUUGCAAGUAAUGUAUCUGUCAUCUGUAUGUAGUGGGUCCAAGAACAAACUAUGAAGUUGAUGUAUCCUCUCCUGCCUCCUGAAGAAACAAAGUAAUAUCCUCCAUGGGGAUUUUGUUCUCUCCCCAUCUCUACAGUCUCACCUCUUCCAGUACUGUUGUUCUACACCUCAUGCAAUCAAUUAGUUUAAUGCUCUCAAUUCAA